GGAACUUUAACCUCUGCAGACAAAUAUAUACCUUUUUAAACAUACGUAAGAUCAAAUGGGUGGUUAUUUACAUGUGUUGAAUCUUGCACUGAGGAUACUUUCGUUUGCCAGCCUCGUCGUUUCCAUCAUCGUCUUCCUCUCCGCCACCUCCGGCAACAACUACGACGACCACGCCGCUUUCAUGUAUGACGACGUCAAAAACACCAAAUUCACCUUCAACGAUUUUUUCUCCUACCGAUACUCAGUAGCUGUAGAUGGAAUUGGAAUCUUCUAUUCCUUCCUCCAAAUUGUGUUAACAAUGGUGCAUGGGCAGUCCGAGGAAUCUUCCGAAGAACUCGUUAAAUUUAAUCUCUACGCCGACGAGAUAAUUUCCGUCGUACUGGGGACAGGAGCGGCUGCCGGAUUUGGUCUUACGUUAGACUUGAAACACCUUCCUUGUGCUUCAAUCAUCGCCAAAAGUUUUCUUAGCAAAAUGCUUGUAGCUUCUAGCUUUAGUCUUGGAGGAUUUGCAUCCACCGCUGUAUCAUCUAUUGUGUCCAUCAAAAUUUUCCACAAAGACUUAGAUGUUUACUGUUAGUUAAAUUUUCAA